GGUAGUGGAACAAGAUUUGUUGCCAUAGAUGCAAAUUUUGGCCUUCUUAGGCGGAAGAAGGCUGGAGAUAGCAUGGAGCCACCCAAACAUGGUUCUAGAUUUUUUAUAACAGAUGAAGAAGUCAGUAAUUUUGUGAAUUCAUACAAUGACUCAACAACAGGCUUUAAGGAAUGUAAUCAGUUCAAGGCAGGUGACAAAGUACGUUCAAAAUCAAGAACUUCCAAAAUGGAUGUGACUGGUGUAUUUGGAAGCGUCUGCAGACACGAAUCACCAGUAUUGUUCAUGAAUAUGCAACAUGGAGAGAGGUUGGCCUACUCAGUGCUACUCCUGGAUAAAAUGUUAAAUGUACCUGCCUCCAAAGACCAAAAGUUAAAUGUAACAUAUGAUAUUGCCUGUGUUCUGUUUUCACACCUAAAGAUUCGAAACCAAGAUGAUAUGCUUGCAAAGAUGCAGAUGAAAAUACCAAUCUUCCAUUGCUACGGCCACCAGGCUUCCUGUCAGGUAGUAUAUGAAAUUAAUAAGCUCUCAUAAGAGAAAUAUAAAAUAUGUUCCGUAUCCUUUAAAUCUCUAU